GCCCGCUCUUCCGCGUCUCCGAGCCGCCACCCCCACCCUUGGCUGCCCUGCCAGCCCCUCAUCCUCGCCGAGUCCAAAAGAAGUUGUUUUGCAACCCACAUCAUCCUCCCUGGUCUCCCGGACGACUCCUCCCUCUAAUCUUCUCCCAUGGAGCGGCUCAUCUCCACGCCCGCCGCCUCACCGACCCCCUCCCCCUCACCGUCGCAGACCCGGAUCCGCCUGCCGGGCGGGUCCCCUCUCCUCCCCUCCAGGCGCCUCCCCGCCGCGGCAUGGCCCCGGCUGCGGUUGCUGCAGCCGGCGCGGCCCGGCGCGAUCGCGCUGGCUUCGCCGCUGCGCCACGAGGGCGUCUCGGCCGUGCCGGAGGAGGUGCCGAGGGCGGCGGCGGCGGCGGCGGUUGGGCAUCCGUGGAAGCUGCUCGGGAGUCUGCUCCCAAAGGCUUCCACUGCUGCCCUUUUCCUAUUGACGACACUUAUUACUGGCACCCUGCACUCAACCAUCCCUCAUUCUGCAUAUGCAUCGAUGCAACCAGUAGCCAAAACUGGUGGAGGGCUCCUCACGACAGAAAUACUAAGCAGCGGUUGGGCUGGUUUUUUAGCUGGGUGCUUACACACCUUGUCUGGACCUGACCAUCUAGUUGCCUUGGCACCACUUUCUAUUGGGAGAUCAAGCCUUGAAAGUGGACUGGUUGGGGCCCUUUGGGGCUGUGGUCAUGACGCAGGACAAGUUAUUUUUGGUCUGCUCUUCUUGUUACUCAAGGAUCGAUUGCACAUUGAGGUUUUCCGUGCAUGGGGAACACGAGUUGUAGGCCUGACCCUUCUGAUCAUAGGAGCCAUGGGUAUCCGGGAAGCUUCAGAGGUUCAAGAGUCCACACAGCUAGUUCUGGAGGGCGUCGACGCCAGCAUGAGCAGUAGUGAUCCUUUGCAGGCCCCGUCAGCUCCCAGAAAGAAGAAAGUCGGUUUUGCAACAUUCGCCACCGGAAUCGUCCAUGGUCUCCAACCGGAUGCGUUGCUGAUGGUCUUGCCCGCCUUGGCUCUUCCAUCGCGCUUUGCUGGUGCGGCAUUCCUCGGCAUGUUUUUGGUCGGCACUGUGUUUUCGAUGGGUAGUUACACGGCUUUUGUAGGUUCUUGUAGCGAGGCCCUGAAAGAGAAGGUUCCUAGGAUAACGGAGAAACUGACCUGGGCUGCUUCACUAGUAGCUAUAGGCAUGGGAUUAGCUCUUCUGGUGGGGCAGUUCUUUGGAUUCAGCUUGUACUGAUGUUAGCCACGUGUGUUUACUCGGCGAGAUAUUGUUUCAUGUAAGAGCAUUGUUGGCAAUUAGUUUGAUAAUAGAUGGUUAUUGUUUGUGAGACUACUACAUGUAUACUGCUGCAAAUUGACCUUGCUCACUUUACACCGGUUUCCUGCUCUGUAUUA